CGGAGUCGGACUCUCGGACAGACAGUUUAGCUUGAUACUUACUCCAGGAUACACUAGAAAUACAGCCCGUCCUACACUGUUAUGUUACGGAUACAGUGAUACACAAAUCGUCAAACACUUGAUACAUGAUGGUUCAGUCAGCUUUUAUUCUCAUCCUUCCUCUCAUACAUACAGUUUUGAGUCAUCGUUGCUUCGUGUGCUCACCAGAUAAUCAGAAGCUAGAAGAUAUGGUUCAGCUGAAACGAAAUUUUCCGGAACGACAGAUCCCCCUGUGCAGUGAAUACAAACACAGUUUAAAACAGAAUUAUCUGAUAGAGUGUCCCAAGAACAGUAAUGGAUGCCUUACAAAAUUCGAAGAUGAUGGCUCAGUAAUGCGGACCUGCGCCCCAAUAGGGAUUGAUGAUUGUAAGAAAGCUAACUCUGUAAACUACUGCUAUUGUAGCAAGGAUGGAUGCAAUACACCAGAUCGUAGACUGUCCCAACCAGAGGGUUGGGCGGAGAGCAAACCACGACAUGGACACGAGCUCGACCUCUCUGCACCUCGGAUACAAGCGACAGACCGGUUGACCGACAAGAAACAUUCACCGGUGCCGGUAAAUCAACCGCCGACGGACGACGAGGAUGCGGAGGAAGGUUCCGGCGGGGACGAUUGGGGAUCCUUUUACUAUGACAGUUAUUACGAUACGCUCUACGACAAGAACCUCGGCGGCGGGUUGAACUACGAUACAGAGCCAGGAUUCGGCGAUCCAGACAACGCCGAUAUGACUGAGCCCCCGCCGUUUAUUGAGCAGGAGCUGGAGGAGGAGCUGGAGAAGAUCAGCAGGAUCUCCAACCACAAGUAUGACAGGGAGUUGGAGAAGGAACUGGAGAACGAGAUAAUCCUAGUGGAGGAGACGAUACCUGUAGUUCCUAGAGGAAGUGGAGCUGAUAUCAGACAUAUCCAAUCUCUUCUGCUUCUCUUUCCUCUUCUCAGAUAUCUUCUCUCAUAAAUCCGUCCUGGGCUUUAAUGUUCCUUUUGGACUGGAUAUCUCCUUAUCCCCCUAGACUGGAUAUUUCCACGUCCCCUCCUGAACUGGAUAUCCCCUCUCCUGGACUGGAUAUCCCCUUCUCCUGGACUGGAUAUCCCCCCCUCCCCUCCUGGAAUGGCUGUGAGUAAGGACAAGGUCUGGCUUCAACUGAAUUAUGAUAAAGUGCCAAUCUUUCACAACUCUUCAUCUAGAGCUUAACUUUACGUAACAUCACGUGACACUACGUGGACGUUACGUGACAUUACGUGACAAGACGUAAACGUUAUGUGACCUCACUUAUCAAAGUGGUAAACUGUUUACCACCACUUAUUGUGAAUGUUUUGAGCUAGGACGGAUACAGGGGGGGGGGCUUGAGGUCACACGUCCCUUCCUCUGAAUAGGGGUAAAAGUGAACUCCCCCCCUCUGGAUGAAUCCCUGUAUACGCGCCGGAUUGUUAUUAAACUAAACUUCUAGAUCUCGGGGUCUAGUGACUUACUUGUUCAGAUUUUUCGUAAAUGUGAAAAUUAUUUAAUUUCAUUGUUUUAGAUCUUGCACCUUGAAUAUUCAUGUAAUUAACUGUGAUAGAUUUAUUUUAUUUU